GAGCCAGCUCGGUAGACUGUUGACGUGUCGCUUUAAUUUCCAACGGAAACCACCGUUAACAAUCAUCAUCGUCCUCGUCCUUCUCAGCAAAAUUACCACUAAUUGUCAUAUCUUUUGAGCUAUUCUAGGUUGAUUUUGGUCUCUAGUUCGAUCAAUUUUGAGUACAUUUAGGGUUUCUCUCUCUCUCAUAUGGAUUCUACAGAUGCCAAUGACGGUAUCGAUGGGGGAAUUGUAGGUACCAAAGAGCUAGAUCAUGCUCUAAUGGUAGAAAUGGCGUCAGUUGCCGGUUCGGAUUUAGGUUUUAAUACGGUUUCAAUUGCGGAGGAUCAGAUAACGCCUCUUUUGACGCAAGCCGACAAUCCCAGACUCAAUAUUUUUUCUGUCUCAUACCCUAAACGGAAAAGUGACAAGGACCAAGUUACGAGAUCAAUUGAAACAGAGACAUCACCUUUUACGCUGUUUAUAAUGUGGGCAUGGUCUGGAUCUAGAUAUUCUGGUUUGGUAUGCAUGGCCUUAGCGUCUUCGGUAUACUGUAUCAUGGGAAUUCUUUCGGAUGUGUUCUCUGCUCAAGCAAUUCCUCUUUUUGAGAUAGCACUUGCAAGAUGUAUAAUUGUGUCGGCAUUAUCAUUCAUCUGGUUAAGAAGAAGUGCACAACCAAUAUUUGGACCUUCAAAUGUCAGGAGUCUUUUUGUCUCCAGAGCUGUUACUGGCUGUGUUUCUCUGUUGACUUUCAUUUACUGUAUUCAAAAGUUACCAUUGUCUCAAGCCAUGCUUUUGAGCUUUACAACUCCAAUAAUGGCCUCAGUUUCAGCAAGAUUCAUUCUGCAUGAGAAUUUGAAAAUUGCAGAAAUAGCAGGUAUUGCUUUGAGUUUCUUUGGUGUAAUCUUUAUCCUCCGAUCACAAGGAAGGUCAGGAAAUGCCAGGGAACAAAAGGAUUUAGCCGUGCAUGGAAUACAUCAUGUUUAUGUAGUUUUGAUUGGUUUACUAUCAUCAUUGGCUGGUGGACUGAGUUACUGUCUUAUAAGGGCUGGAGCAAAGAAAUCCGAGCAACCUGUGGGCACUAUAUUUUCAUUUGGCUUACUCUCUAGUCCUGCUGCAGCAAUAUGCAUGAUCACCUUUGAAAGAUUUGUGUUGCCUAGCUUCUACUCAUUACUUCUUAUGAUUCUACUUGGUGUAUUGGCCUUCGUCGCUGAGUUGUUUCUCGCUCGUGGGCUUCAGCUUGAGAAAACUAACAAAGUUGCAAAUAUCCAAUACCUUGAGGUGGCGUUAUCGGAGUUAUGGGGAGUGGCAUCGUUACGAGUAACCCCUUUAUUCGGUAGACUUGUUGGAUGCUUGAUGAUUUUGGUUUCGGCUUGUUGCACCAUGUAUUUAGGGCCUGAGAAAGACAUGGAGUGAAGUGUGUGUGUGUGUGUGUGUUUGGUCUCUUUAUGUGUUUCAAAGGUCAAGUUCCAUUUUUUACCCCAUUGUUUGUUUGCAUUAGAACUUGUAAUUUUUUGAAAGAAGCCAAACACAUCUUAAUCAAAAAGU